CCUGAUCGGAGCAUCGCAAGGUCGGCGGCGCGCGUCCUUUCUCGGCGAGAUCGGGUGUUUAUUUUCCCCAUUUGACGUUGAGCCUAAAAAAGAAAACCCCUCCGAACCAUCGACAUGAAGUACUACGCCGUCCUCUGCCUCCUGCUGGUGGGCAGCGCCUUGGCUACCGAUGAUGACGACAAAAAGGAAGAAGUGGGGACCGUGGUUGGCAUUGAUCUGGGAACCACUUACUCCUGUGUCGGAGUCUUCAAGAACGGGCGUGUGGAGAUUAUUGCCAACGACCAGGGCAACCGCAUCACGCCAUCCUACGUGGCCUUCACUCCGGAAGGAGAGCGUCUCAUUGGUGACGCCGCAAAGAACCAACUGACCUCCAACCCUGAAAACACCGUUUUUGAUGCCAAGCGUCUGAUUGGGAGGACGUGGAAUGACCCUUCGGUGCAGCAGGAUAUCAAAUACCUGCCUUUCAAGGUUAUUGAAAAGAAGGCCAAGCCAUAUAUCCAGGUUGAUAUCGGUGGGGGCCAGACCAAAACUUUUGCCCCAGAAGAAAUCUCCGCCAUGGUUUUGACAAAGAUGAAAGAAACUGCUGAAGCCUACUUGGGGAAGAAGGUCACCCACGCCGUUGUCACUGUGCCUGCCUACUUCAACGAUGCUCAGCGUCAGGCCACAAAGGACGCCGGCACUAUCGCGGGAUUGAAUGUCAUGAGGAUCAUCAAUGAACCCACUGCAGCCGCUAUCGCUUACGGCUUGGACAAGCGCGAAGGAGAAAAGAACAUCCUGGUCUUCGACCUGGGCGGCGGAACCUUUGACGUGUCCCUCUUGACCAUCGACAACGGCGUCUUCGAAGUGGUGGCCACCAACGGAGACACUCACCUGGGCGGAGAAGACUUCGACCAGCGGGUGAUGGAGCACUUCAUUAAACUCUACAAGAAGAAGACUGGCAAGGACGUCCGGAAGGACAACCGGGCGGUCCAGAAGCUCCGGCGAGAAGUGGAGAAGGCCAAGCGAGCCCUGUCUUCUCAGCACCAGGCUAGGAUCGAGAUUGAGUCGUUCUUUGAGGGCGAAGACUUCUCGGAAACCCUCACCAGGGCGAAGUUUGAAGAACUCAACAUGGAUCUUUUCCGCUCCACCAUGAAACCCGUCCAGAAAGUUCUAGAAGACGCCGACCUGAAGAAGUCCGAUAUUGACGAAAUUGUCCUUGUGGGCGGCUCCACCCGGAUCCCCAAAAUCCAGCAGCUGGUGAAGGAAUUCUUCAACGGCAAAGAACCGUCGCGGGGCAUCAACCCCGACGAAGCCGUGGCUUACGGGGCCGCUGUGCAGGCUGGCGUCCUUUCUGGAGAUCAGGACACAGGCGACUUGGUGCUGCUUGAUGUCUGCCCCCUGACUCUGGGCAUCGAGACGGUGGGAGGCGUCAUGACCAAACUCAUCCCGAGGAACACCGUAGUCCCCACCAAGAAGUCCCAGAUCUUCUCCACGGCUUCCGACAACCAGCCGACGGUGACGAUCAAAGUCUACGAAGGCGAACGCCCGCUCACCAAGGACAACCACCUGCUGGGCACCUUUGACCUCACCGGCAUCCCCCCGGCACCGCGUGGCGUCCCUCAGAUCGAAGUCACCUUCGAGAUCGACGUGAACGGCAUCCUGCGGGUGACGGCGGAGGACAAGGGCACGGGCAACAAGAACAAGAUCACCAUCACCAACGACCAGAACCGCCUGACGCCCGAGGAGAUCGAGCGGAUGGUGAACGACGCCGAGAAGUUCGCCGAGGAGGACAAGAAGCUGAAGGAGCGCAUCGACGCCCGCAACGAGCUGGAGAGCUACGCUUACUCGCUGAAAAACCAGAUCGGGGACAAGGAGAAGCUGGGGGGCAAGCUCUCGCCGGAGGACAAGGAGACCAUCGAGAAGGCCGUGGAGGAGAAAAUCGAGUGGCUCGAGAGCCACCAGGACGGCGACAUCGAGGAGUUCAAAGCCCAGAAGAAGGAGCUGGAAGAAGUAGUGCAGCCCAUCGUGGGGAAGUUGUACGGCGGAGCAGGUCCUCCCCCCGGCGGGGACGAGGAGGCGGCAGGGGAGAAGGAUGAGUUAUAGGCCUCCCCGGGCCUUUUUUUUUCCUUCCCCUGCUUUCCUUCUUGAACGGCCACGUCGUGUAAAUAGAGGACUUUUGGACAUAACGUUAUUUUGGGUUUUUUUUUCCUUCGGUUUAAGCUAUUGAACUCGAGAAACUUGGGAUGUGGUCAGAAUCUUCACGUCAGUGGAGUUUGGAAAUGUUUAUAGCCCCAAAGCGGCUGAUUUACUGCUUUUCGUUAGCGGUUGAUAAA